GCGGAUCGUCAGAGGUCUAGGUCUACCAGCUCUUUUAAGCAGUCGGUGGGCUGGUUUCUCCGAGAGGCUAGGGAAGAGUCGAGGUGCUUGUUGGCUUCCGGUUGCUGGGAAAGGGGUUACCGCCGCUAGCUUUCUCCCCCGAAGGUGGCCUGCCAGGCCCUGGCGGAGCCGCGAUGCGUCUUUUACGAUGCCUGAUGAAGGGCCAGUCGGCGCUGGCCGGAGCGCCCAAGUAUAUCGAGCACUUCAGCAAAUUCUCUCCGUCGCCGCUCUCCAUGAAGCAAUUCCUCGACUUCGGAUCCAGCAAUGCCUGUGAGAAGACCUCCUUCAUAUUCCUUCGCCAAGAGCUUCCUGUCCGACUGGCCAAUAUUAUGAAAGAGAUCAACCUUCUCCCUGACCGUGUACUGAGUACUCCCUCUGUUCAGCUGGUGCAGAGUUGGUAUGUGCAGAGCUUGCUGGACAUCAUGGUGUUCCUUGACAAAGAUCCAGAGGACCAAAGGAUAUUGGGGCAGUUCACCAAUGCUCUGGUCACAAUUCGCAACCGUCACAAUGAUGUGGUCCCUACCAUGGCACAGGGUGUAAUUGAAUAUAGGGAAGCUUAUGGUGAUGACCCGGUUUCCAACCAAAACAUCCAGUACUUCCUCGAUCGUUUCUAUCUUAGCCGUAUUUCUAUCCGCAUGCUGCUCAACCAACACACCUUGAUUUUUGAUGGCAGCACCAAUCCAGCCCAUCCCAAGCACAUUGGCAGCAUUGAUCCCCACUGCAACGUAUCAGAUGUGGUUAGAGAUGCUUAUGACAUGGCCAAACUGUUAUGUGACAAGUACUAUUUGGCAUCUCCUGACCUGGAGAUUCAGGAGGUGAAUGCCAGUGGAACAACACCUCACAAGUGGCAUACUAAUCAACCCAACCAACCCAUCCACAUGGUCUAUGUUCCAUCUCACCUGUACCACAUGCUCUUUGAACUGUUCAAGAAUGCCAUGAGGGCCACUGUAGAAAGCCACGAGUCCAGCCCCACAUUGCCACCCAUCAAAGUGAUGGUGGCUUUGGGCCAGGAGGAUCUCUCCAUCAUGAUGAGUGACCGAGGCGGUGGGGUUCCUCUCCGCAAGAUUGAUCGACUCUUCAGCUACUUAUAUUCCACAGCACCCAAACCAGAGCUGGGCUCCGGAGGGACACCCCUGGCCGGUUUUGGCUAUGGGCUACCUAUCUCUAGACUCUAUGCCAAGUAUUUCCAAGGUGACCUUCAAUUAUUCUCCAUGGAGGGAUUUGGAACAGAUGCUGUCAUCUAUUUGAAAGCCUUGUCAACAGACUCUGUGGAAAGGCUUCCAGUGUAUAACAAGUCCGCAUGGCGUCACUAUCAGACCAUCCAGGAGGCAGAUGACUGGUGUGUGCCCAGUACGGAGCCCAAGAACACGUCCACCUAUCGAGUCACCUAAGCUAGCCUCUCUGUUACCAGAAAGGACACUACCCUGCUUCUGAAGGGGAGAAACCAAACUUUGGUGAGAAAAAGAAACAAAUGAUAAUCACCAGCAUAAAUCCCACCUUGUGUUGUAAGACCUCUGUGGAGUAUUCCCCUUGGCUGCCUGGCCAUUUCACCUGUUAGACAGCAUCCUGGUCACUUUCUCAGAUUUCUUUUCAGAAAUGUGUAGUCUAGAUCAACAUAACUCUGCAUGGAAUUUCUUUGCCUCACUACAGUCCUGCCUUUUGAUCUAUUGGACUGGAAGGCUCUGAAGGAUCUGCUUUUGUUCCUGUUUUAAUAUUUGCGCACAUCACCUUUUUAUUAUGUUUGCACUGUAAUCAUGAAGCAGAGAGAACUUGACCACUAAGCAUUAAUAUGUUGAGAAAAAUCGGGAAGCAAGAAGAGAGAAAAGAAGAACCUAAAAGUGUGGAUGUUAUUAUGUUGAAUUUCUUCAGGUGAAUCAAGAUCCAAGCAGAAGGCACGAAGAAGUUUAAAACAUGACCUAGCAAUGGCAGAGUUCAGUGCAUCUAUUGCAAAGAGCCAAGGACGUUAGAAAACACAGGCUUAUUUCUUAGUAUAUUGCUCUGGAAGUAAGAAAUAUUCUCUCAGUGGUAUAUAUUUUUGCAUUAUGUUCUGUGUGCUUUUCACAAUACAAGUCUGAAUCUCAGACAAGUUGAGGAAAGCAGCACAAGAACCAGGAAUUUUAACCCUGGAAGAAUCAGACUUAGAUUGCACUAGAUCAGUGUUUCCCAAACUUGACCAUUUUAAGGCAUGUGGACUUCAAUUCCCAGAAUUCCACAGCCAGCAUUGCUGGCUGUGGAAUUCUGGGAGUUGAAGUCCACAUGCCUUAAAAUGGUCAAGUUUGGGAAACACUGCACUAGAUACAUUGAGACCUAAGGAAAAGGUUUUGCUAGCAUUGCAGAUGGUUUGAGACUUAUGGUUUCUUGGUUGUUUGUUUCAUUUACUACUUGCACUUUUGCUCACCAUGGCUCAAUUCCUAGAAUGGCUUGUGAUGGAAUAUAGAUCCUUAGGUCCUGCUUAUUUUGGAGGAGAUACUCCUCCCCGCAGAAAAAGUAUUAUGAUACAUUUGGGGAGUGGGUUGGGUGGCUUAUGGGAGAAAACUGGAGGCAGAAGAAAUGCCAAAGAAAGAGUCUGUUGAAGAGUAAAUUGGGAACACUGAAAGCUUCAUUCCUGUCCUCCAACUGUAAUAAAAUAAACGGAAUAUAUUUAUUUUAAGGAUAUAUUUCUGGUUCAAAUGUCUCCAGUGCUUAGAAGCUAUGGGCAAAAAGGGGCUUUUUAGCCAAGAAACUCAGAGGCAAUCAGUUAUGUUACGGAUAUAGGGAGAAGGUCUCUCCUCCCUUCUUGUAAAGACCCCCCAGCCCACCCAUCCCACUCCUUUGGCAGCAGUUUGCUUUCCAGCAGCUCUUUGCUAUGAUCUCACUUUUCUAAUCCCCAUUUCAAAACAAGUGGAACUGUUUUGUAGGCUGAAAACUGCUUCUGCCUUCUAUUUUUAUCCUGUGCUAUUGUUCUAAGCAGAUGUUAUGCUUAAAGGGUCUGCCCAAAUCCCCUUUGCACUCGCCUGUUUACCAUUUUAAGUAGUAAUAAACCACCCUUCUGUCACUGCCCCAUCCUCUGUGCUGGACUCUUUGACCAGGAAAGGGCCUGUGUUUGUAUGCUUAAAUAUACUUUUAAUUCUUUGGGAGGAACAAGAUAUGUGCCAAGGUCCCAUUGCUGCCACAGUAUUAUAGUAUCAAUUUUUUUGAUCAGCUAAGAAAAAAAAACAUUAAAUUUAAAUAUGAUCUUCCUGGUUUGAUUUCAUUGGCAUCAAUAGUAGUACAUGGUAGUAAAACAACAUGCAUUCUACUUGUGUGCUUGAAGCUCACCUGUGUUCCUGAAUAUGUCUCUUGAUUCAUAACAUGUUGUCUUCAAUUAUGCAGAAUGCAGCUGUCCUCAGUAUUGCUGGCUUCUGAGCAGGAGAGAUGUUUAUUACUCAAACAUGUUAUGAUGACACCUAGUGGAGAUAUAUGUGAAUCACAUAAAAUUUGGAUAAGA